AUGCAGAUUUUCAGCGGUAACGCAUAUGAACUUGGUGACAUUGGCAUGGGCCCUAGGAAAAGUUAUCUUUUUUCUUUAACAGUCUGUAACCCUGGAAACGAAUUAUUCGGAGAUAGGGGUUUAAUGAUUGGUAGAGCGUCACACCUCUGUGGCGUCUAG